CGGCGCCGACCACACAAGCGGCCAUCAUCGAAUUGCCCUCAACCUCACCGCUAUCAGCGUCAUUUUUCAACCGCGAGUGGAGUGGGGAUCAGGCGUGGGCUGCUUUUGUUUCUUUAAUACUGCGACGCUUCUAUCCCUGGUUGCAGCCAUGGAUAUCACCAGCUUUAUCGUCAGCCACAGAGAAGACGCUCUCUUGGCUGGGGACUACAACUCGUACCGAGCACAGUUGUCCCGCAGAUUACACACCUUACGGAAGAAGCUGGGACAGACAACCCCGCGGGGUAAAAAGUACUCUCCGAAGCCUACAAUAACAGCAGAGAAUAUCGCCAAGGACACUAGCUUCGCAUUUCUUAUCCUCCUCAGCGCGGAGCGAGCAUGGGCUACCGCAAUGCAUAUGAAGUCGACUCACUCCGCAGACCCAUCUACCAAGGGCAUCGUCGGUUCGGCAAGACGACAUAUAAUAUCGCGUCUAAAUAAAGCGACGAUUUAUGCAAGGCAGCUAGUCUCGGUCCUUCAAGAUCCAUCAGCGGCUUCCGCAUCUAACAUCGACCUCCUCGAGGCACGGGGUUAUCUGGCUUCCCUCCUUGGAGCGUUCUGGAUGGAAAAGAAAAGAUGGGAUUUGUGUUCACAGCAAUAUUCGCUUGCAAAAGUAAUCUACGGCGCGCUUAGCACUAAAGCGAAAAGGGAAGCGUAUCGGGACCUUUUGUCCACCACGAUCGACCCUGGGCUUCGGUAUGCAGCUUACCAGUUAAAGCUUCCCAGGUCCGCAGCUCUAGAAUCCAUCGCGAUCAAAAACAUACCAUCCGAUUCGGUAGUCCGCGGGGAGCUAACCGCGAUCGACCCAGAUUGCCUCUCGGAGCGGGGUUCAGAUAAACAGACGGCCGCUGACGGCGGCGCUAUUGAGGAUAUCCCACAGAGCAUUACUUGGAGAUCCCGGACAGUUGUGUUGGAAGAUGCGGCUAUAUCACAGGCACUAGCAGCUGCGUCUCUAGCGGAGUCCCACCUAGCUUCGUGGCUAUCAAGCCCCGCUGGCCAAUCAUCCUCGCAGAGUGAAAAGGCAGCGAAUUACGAUAAUGUGAUAAUUGCUAGUCAGGACGCAGUAGAUGCGACCAAGACUGCUAUUGAUGAGCUUUCUGCGGAGGGGAUUGAUCAGGGAGACAAACGCAUGCAAGCACUGCAGGUCACCUGGACGGCCGUGAACUAUGCCUUGGUGGGCUGGCGCGUGGGUCGCAAUCGGAUGCUGUGUGGCGCUGACGAUGGUCUCAGUUUCGAACGGGAGCAAGUGAAGGGAUCAGGUGGGAAGCAAAAGUCUGGAAGUAGUGGUAAGAGUGUCGGCCGCCGACUCGCGCGGUUGCGCGAACGCACCGCAUUGUAUGAUGCGACCCUUCAGAGCUUGGAUUUCAUCCGGGAGCUGCCUGGUGUCGCAGGAGAUGCCAACUUCAUGGAAGAGCUCAAUGCAAAACACAAUUAUUUCCAAUCACUACGAUGCCUAGCAGUCGGCCGAGCGCACUCCUUCCUCUCCAACCCAAAGAAUGCCCUCGCUCUCUUCUCUCGCGCGCUAGACCUCGCCUCCACGGCUCUCCCACCAAACACCACCCACAACCAACAAGACCAAGAGCAACAACCAAACCUAAGCCCACCACGCCUCGACGUCUCCAGUCCUCAGGUCACCGCCCUCCGCACCCACCUCCAAAGCCUCGUCUGGCAAUACCGCGGCAUCGUCGAGAUCGAACGCAUCUCCUCCCAACUCAAUCAUUCGUCCCCGUCAUCGCUCCAACUACCGCCCAUGAUCGAGCGUCUGGACGAGUACCCGGCAUCAGACAGCCAUGUGGAUCUGACACGCCUAGUGACAUAUCCGCCGAAGAUGGAGCCGAUACCUGUUAAGCCGCUGUUUCUGGACGUGGCAUUCAAUUACAUCGAUUAUCCGCGGGAGCCUAAGAGGGGACUUCCUCCCGGUGCUGGUGCGGAUGGAGAUGUCACUAUGCAGGAUGGUCAGACAUCGGACGCGAAGAAGCCGGCUAAAAAGGGGUGGUUUGGGUUUGGGCGAUGAUUUUUGUAUUGUUUUUGUUUUUGUUUUCGUUUUCGUUUUCGUUGUAUAUGCUCCUUUGUCCUAUCUGAACGACGUCGAAUCGGUAUGGGAUUGAACUGGUUGAUUGAUCUCCAGAUAGAUGCGCAGUGGGAUUACAUUGUAGUGUAGUUAGGUUACAAGCGUACAUGGCUGCUACAUAGCUUGUAUCUAGCGAUAACAAAGUUUGGGCAUUCUUUCUUGCUUUCCUUCUAUAUAUCUAUAUAUAUCUAUACAUAUUAUAUAGUCGAUAGAAUCAACCAAUCCACGGAUAAUCAUUCAGCCAAACCAAUGAAACCAUCAUCCACUUUCUCUUCGCGCAACCUUGAAGAACAACCUUGGGAAACAUCUAGAU